GGACCAUUUUCGGCCGGACUCCAGCUGGCCCCUGCCAAGGCCUUGGCUAGCAUGGGACCCUCCUCCGCCCCCGUACUGGACGCCUCCAGGCCCCUGCACUUGGCCGCGGCCUUCUUCCUGGCUCUGAUGCUGCUCAAAGCGCUGCGGCUCUACCUGCGCCGCCUGGACCUGGGCCGGGCCCUGGAGGGAUUCCCGAGGCUCCCGGACCAAGGCCUCUUCGGCCAGGGAACGGAGUGCCAGUCCGGGACCAAACUAGAAGAGCUGUCGGCCCUGGUGGCCCGGUACCCCUACGCCUGUGCCCAGUGGACUGGCAUCUGCACCGCCACCGUCAGCAUCUACCACCCCGACUACGUGAAGACCCUCCUGAGCAGAGAGGAUCCGAAGAACCCACUGAUCUCCAAGUUUCUGUUUCCAUGGAUUGGUAAAGGCCUCCUACUCUCAAACGGAUCCAAGUGGUUUCAGCACCGGAAACUUCUGGCUCCCGGCUUUCACGUCGACGUCCUGAAGCCCUUCGUUCGGCUGAUGGCUGACUCUGCCACGGUGAUGCUGGGUAACUGGAAGAAGCUGAUCUCUCAGGAGGAGUCUGUGGAGAUUUUUCAGCCCAUCAGUUUGAUGGCGCUGGAGUUGGUUUGGAAAUGCGCCUUCAGCCACCCGAUCAGUUACCAGGGAAACGGGAAUUCGGAGACAUACACUCGGGCUGUGGAGGAGCUCACCUACUUGACGUCCCAACGCGGUCUGACUUACCUUUUCCACUUUGACUCGGUGUACUGGCUCACCCCCCCGGGACGCCGUUUCCAGGAGGUAUCUCAACUAGCACACCUGCACACAGAUGCAGCGAUUCGGAAGAGGCAGGCCGACCUUGGCGGGGAGCGGGAGCUGGAGAAGAUCCGGACGAAGCGGCACGUGGAUUUUCUGGACAUCCUCCUCUGCUCCAGAACCGAGAAAGGCGAAGAGCUGUCGGACGCGGACCUGAGGGCCGAGGUGGACACGUUCAUAUUCGCGGGCCACGACACCACGGCCAGUGGCAUCUCCUGGACGCUCUACUGUUUGGCCCUGCACCCCGAGCAUCAGCAGCGCUGCCGCGAGGAGGCCCGGAAAAUUCUGGAAGAACGGGACACCGUCCAGUGGGAAGAUUUAGCCCAGCUGACCUUCACCACCAUGUGCAUUAAAGAGUCUCUGCGUCUCUACCCGCCGGUGCCGGCCGUUUCCAGGGAGCUCAGCUCGCCCAUCACCUUCUUCGACGGACGCUCUCUGCCUGAAGGUGUGGUCGUCUCCUUGAACAUCUACACCCUCCACAGGAACCCGGCCGUCUGGACUGACCCAGAGGUCUUCGACCCGCUGAGGUUCUCCCCUGAAAAGUCCUCCCAGAGGCACCCCCAUGCUUUCCUACCAUUCUCCGCAGGAUCGAGGAACUGCAUCGGGCAGCAAUUGGCCAUGAACGAGUUGAAGGUGGUGGUGGCCCAGACCCUUCUCCGCUUCAAGUUGUCUCCGGACCCCUCCCGCCCUCCCGAGCCCACCCCCCAGCUGGUCCUCAAAUCCAAGACGGGAAUUCAUCUGCUCCUAAGGAAGCUGUCUUAGCCCCGCCAAAGACUCGGAAUAUUUUGACGGUUUCAUCCCCGACGAAUAGGCUUGUCCGCGACAUUGGGAUUCUGUG